AUGCCCUCGGCCGCUUAUGUUGCAGUCACUCCAGCCUCCGAGGCAGAUGGAGAGGAGGGAGGUGCCCCGGUUUCGUUGCCGCCGCCGUGGGACGUAACUCGUCCCCCAAGUUCAGCCUCAAGAUCGUCACUACCGAGCAUUGAAGACAGUUUAUCCGACGGGUUCGACGCUUUUAAUACUCCCGCUAACCGGACAUUCUACUUAAGAUCACCGUACAAAAGCCUUGACCCAAACAAGAAUGAAAUCCGACUACUGAGGUUUAGCAAGCCGCUAGUCCCUCCGCAAACGAGCCAAAAGAAUGAUUCAUCUUGGCAAGGCUCAAGAUGGUCCGGGGUGGGUAGCUCAUCCGCUGCCUCCAAUUCACUGAUCUCAUGUGAGAUUCUGGACAAGAGAAUGCUGCCCUGGGUCCAGGGGCAGUAUAUCGCGCUAUCGUACUGUGCAGGAUCCGCCAAGUCCACAAAGAUCGUCACAGUCAACGGCCAGCCCUUCAACGUCUUCGCCAACCUGGCACACGCCAUCGAAUGCGUUCUGCGAUGCUGGUCUGCUAGAAAGACGGGUCUGGACGGUGACUUAGUGCUCUGGGCGGACCAAAUCUGCAUCAACCAGGCCGACAAAGAAGAGAGAGCGAGCCAGGUGUCAAUGAUGCAGGAUAUCUACCGGAAUAGUGCCAGCGUCUACGUUUGUCUGUCUACGCCUGAUUUACCCCGGAGUGUCUCCCACAAGGGGGCUGGCGACAGUGGUGGCUGGAUGUUGUGGACGUCUGUGCUGACGCUUCCUCACAAGCCGGCCGACCCUCAAAGGGGUACAGAGAGAUUCAGGAGUCCCAUAUUCCACACAACUUCGAAUCCCCCCACGGCAUCAGCAGACCAAAUGUGUAGCACCCUACGCCACCAGCUCAUCAACGAGAGGGCCGCCAACGAGUGGAUCAGUUCUCUAGAGCAGUUCCUUUCAGCCCCUUGGUGGAAGCGGGCUUGGGUGUACCAAGAGUUUGUCAUGGCGCCUCAAGUGCAAUUCUUGCACCAUUCCACAUCUAUCCCAUGGGAUGAGCUGUCUCCUUUGCUCGAGUUCGUAUGUUACGAGCUGCAAGACCGGCUGGAUGACUGGCGACUAUCAGACCAUCAUCAUCAACAUCCCAAGGAGGAGAGAACAUCGAAGAGGGCAUCCGAGAAGAGGGCACGCAGUAGCGGCAGCGGUCGGACAGUUUCCGUUCACGAGCGCCAGCUCAAACAGCACCGGGACGACAAGCAAAGGCUAGAACGUGAGCUCGAGGCGGCAAACCUAGAUCGACCCUCGUACCUUGAUCGGGCUGUAGCCAGAAUAAAAACGCAGCGCCUGAAGAAAAAGAUCGAGGCCCUCGCUCUCGAGAUCCGGCGCCUCGAGGGUGGGCCCCAAGAAUUACUGCAGGUGCGCGGUGGGCACACCAUGCAACAGCGGCGUCCGAAGGACCUUGCGGUGGCCGAGUCGACCGAGAUCACCGCGGCCCGGCUCCUCCUACGGGAGCGUCUGACGGCGCUGACCUCGGCCCGGCGAACCGUGCUCUCCAUCGCCAGGGCCCGGCGCCAGCGGCCGACGGCGCUGACGGAUCUCCUGCUGCACGCGCGCAACUGCCUGUCGUCGGACCCGCGCGACCGCGUCUACGCCUUCCUGGGCCUGGCCGAGGGCGAGUACGCCGUGACGCCGUGCUACGACAAGGCCAACACGGUCGAGCGCGUGUUGGUCGACACGGCUCGCGCCAUCGUCGCCCACGACCACAACCUGGACAUGCUCGGCUACGUCGGCUGUCGCUCCGGCCCCGUGGUCUUUGAUGGGGACGGCAUCCCCACGUGGGUACCGGACUGGACCGCGCCCGAGGACAGCGCCGGUCUCGAGUUCCACGACUGCGUUCGCCGGCUGCGCGACCGCGACCGCGCGGCGGGCCCGUUCUGCGCGGCUGGCGGUACGCGCCAUGUGAUUGCUCCUCGUCCAACCGCCGGGGCAGGAGGAGUGGCAGCUCAACCACCGGCCGGCGGGCCGCAUGACGUUAGCAACAUGCACCUGCCGGUGAAAGGCGUGCUCUUGGGCAAGCUGGGAAAUGCCGUCAUGCGCAGUGGCAAUGGCCCGUCCCAUGCGCCUAGGACAUCCCUAGAGAGCCGAAACGGUGGAGACUCGUUGCCACUCCCCAUGCUCUUGAUCCAGGACAGCGCUACAAAGCUCCGUGCUGUGGUACCCAAGACAACGGGAUAUGAUGAUGAGAUAUGGGUUCUGCAAGGUGCGAAGCACCCCGUCGUGCUGCGCCCCCAAAAGAACGGGAAGCAGUACUUUAGCUUCCUCGGUGAGUCUGUCGUACUCACAGACGCUGAGAGAUUCGCCGACGUCAUGUUUGGGCAGGCUAUGAAGGAGGCAAGUGAUCACAGGGCAACUUUGCGUGACAUUUAUCUCGUCUGA